AUUCACUUUAUCUGGUCUCCCACAGUACACAGAACAUGGAAAUGCAAUUAUUUUAGUACAUAUAAACUGCUAAAUACCUUUUAUCAUCAGCAGUUAAAGCAGUCUUGUGACUUCAGCAGAGCACUGGUUAAAGCUUGUAGGAGGAGUUUUCUUUCUGCUCUAGGAGAAUGUGAAAGUCCUGACCUUCUGUCUGGACAGUGCUGAUUUGCCCUGUGCUGAUCACAUGCACUCUUCCAAGGGGAAAAAAAAAAAAACCUCUCUAGCAAUACACACAAAAAAACUGAGCAUGUGCAUGUGACCAUGGAUUCAGUCUGAUUCAGUCUGUAUCAGGUGGUCAUUUCACCAAGAGGAGGGGCAGAGAAGUCAGGAUCAAACAGCCUUUAACACAGUGCAGAGGAUUAACCCCUUAGGUUCCACAGUGAGUAUAACAAGCAUGCUUUCCUGCAUAUACAGACUAAUUUUACUGUUGUGGGUUUAG